GUCAAGUGGGCAGCUUUGGCUCGGAGCGGAGAGGCGGCGGCGGCCAGAGUCUGACGAGGGCGGUGGGCUCUUUGCUGGGCCCCUUUUUCUCUCGGGGCCGUUCUUGGCCUCUGCCUGGGCAUAAGGCCAUUCCUUUCCAACUUCAGCUACAGUGAUAGCUAAGUUUGGAAAGACCAAACCGAGGAAAGCCGCUGCGUCCUCCUGCAGCCCUUUGUAGCCCCCCACCCCACUCCGAAUCGCCCCGUGUUUCUGCUUUCUGUAUCUCGCUCUCUCAUCUACUUCCACCUCUCUCUCUCUUUCUGUUGGUUCUGCGCCUGAAAGGGCUUGACAGCCUCCGCAACUGAGCAAAACAAAAAACAAAAAAAAAGAGGAGAGGUGACCCCGGAUUGCCAUGGCUCGGUCUGCAGCAGAACAGGAAAACAGCCGAGGCUGUUGCGAAUCCUGUAUUAACUAUUUGACAUCUGCAAAAGUCCUCCUGUACUUUGGACAUGCCCUGUCCACUUGGGGAGAUCGUAUGUGGCAUUUUGCAGUGUCUGUCUUCCUGGUUGAAUUGUAUGGAAACAGCUUGCUCCUAACUGCUGUUUAUGGAUUGGUUGUAGCAGGAUCAGUUCUUCUUCUGGGUGCCAUUAUUGGAGACUGGGUAGACAAGAAUUCAAGGCUCAAAGUAGCCCAGACGUCCUUAAUUGUGCAGAAUGCAUCGGUCAUUUUGUGUGGCAUCCUUCUGAUGAUCGUCUUCCUGUUUAAAACACAGCUUUUAAAUUUGUAUCAAGGAUGGCUUCUUACCUUAUGCUAUAUUCUAGUCAUCUCAAUAGCAAACAUUGCAAAUUUGGCCAGUACAGCCACAGCAAUCACCAUACAGAGAGACUGGGUUGUCGUUGUUGCUGGUGACAAUAGAAGCAAAUUAGCAGAUAUGAAUGCUACCAUACGAAGGAUUGAUCAGCUGACCAACAUCUUGGCUCCUAUGGCCGUGGGACAAAUAAUGACCUUUGGAUCACCAGUGAUAGGGUGUGGGUUCAUUUCUGGCUGGAACUUGAUCUCCAUGUGUAUAGAAUACACACUGCUCUUCAAAGUGUACAAGAAGACGCCUGCUUUGGCUCACAAGUCUGGUUCAAAGGGUGAAGAGUCAGAACUGAAGCAGCUCAAUAUACAGAAAGAUGGUGAAUCGAAGAGUACCGAAGGAGUCCAGUUAAUUCUCAAGAAAGAGACUGCUGUUUUUGAGCCUGAACAGCAAAAUACUAGCUGUCUUUCUCGCAUGGCCGAGCCCUUCAGUACAUUCCGUGACGGAUGGGUUUCCUACUAUAACCAGUCAGUGUUCCUUGCAGGUCUGGCCUUGGCAUUCCUUUACAUGACAGUCCUUGGCUUUGACUGUAUCACUACUGGCUAUGCAUACACUCAGGGAUUGAGUGGCUCCACUUUAAGCUUAUUAAUGGGGGCCUCUGCCUUAACUGGAAUCCUGGGAACAGUAGCCUUCACUUGGCUACGUAACAAAUGUGGGUUAAUCCGCACAGGCAUCAUUUCUGGAAUAGCCCAGCUGUCUUCUCUUGUUUUGUGCGUGAUCUCAGUGUUCACACCAGGAAGUCCUUUGGAUCUCACUGUUUCCCCAUUCGCUGACAUCAGUGCUAGGUUGUUUGAAAGCAGUCCGUUAGCCACCGUGGCGCCUGAUGGUGGUUUCCUUGAAAUGGCUGUUACCACUGAAAUGCCUGCUUUGGUCAAUGCAACAUCAUCUGAUCCAGGAUUAGCUCCCAGCCCAGAGUCUCUCAUCUCGGUUAGCCUUUUGUUCGCAGGAGUCAUUGUAGCAAGAGUUGGCCUUUGGUCUUUUGACCUGACAGUCACACAAUUGAUCCAGGAAAAUGUGAUAGAGUCCGAAAGAGGUGUCAUAAAUGGUGUCCAAAACUCCAUGAAUUACCUUCUGGAUCUGCUGCAUUUCAUCAUGGUUAUUUUGGCUCCUAACCCUGAAGCUUUUGGACUGCUAGUAAUCAUUUCCGUUUCCUUCGUUGCAAUGGGUCAUAUCAUGUACUUCCGUUUUGCCCAUAAAAGCUUGGGGAGGAAUGUCAUUCUUUGCUGUACCCCUGAGCUAAAGUCAGUUGCCAAUGAGCCUCCAAAUUCUGAUGAAUCCAAUGCAUAGAGGAUUUUGCCUCCUCCAGAUGUAUUUUUUCCAGUCCAUGUUGACUGACAUGCUUUAUUAUGGGUCAGAAGCAGUUGGCACCUAUUAUGGGUCAGAAGCAGUUGGCACUAAAAUGGUAUUCCUUUCCAGCACCCCUGCCUUGUUUUCCUUUGCCUUUGGGCAGGUAACCAAGUAUGGAUUUUUACCAGGUGCAAGAGAUACAUUUAUUUAUUUAAGCGGAUAUCUUCUCAAGAGUUAAUGUUUAAUUUUUUUUUAAAGGCAGUUGACUAGAAGGACAUAAUUUUGAUUCUUUUCAAAUACACAAUUACUAUUGGUUGGAGUGGGGUGGAGAUUAAUAAAUUAAACAGAUUAUGCUCUUAUAUGUAAUAUGAUUAGUGGGUGUUAUUGCUUCAUACAGCAUAUAGAUGUGCAGUUUUUUUUCUUUCUUAAAGAAAUACUAGAUGGGAGGAAAACUAUAUAAAUCAAUGACAGCAAAGUUUAGGGUUAGGGUUCUCGAAUGUGCCUUUAAACAAACAAACUAGACCUUUUCUGUGAAGUUACUUCUAGUUCAGUUUUGGAGAAACAUCUGGGUUACUUUAGUAUAUUAUCUGAGUAAGAAAUAAUGUAAAAUAGUAUAGAAUAUGUAUGUAGCACUUCAUAGGAGGCAAGAUUAACCUAGCAUAGACCAAAGCUAUUUAUAUAAUACAGUAUAGCAUUAUAAAACAUAAGGGGGAAGUAUUUUUGGUUUUAUAAAUUUUCAAUAACAUGCUUACUAAGCCUUGGUUUCAUAGUAUUAAAGGCCAAACAUAUGAAGUGAGAGAACUAGGUUGUGUGUAUGUGCGUUAAUGGGAGAGUGUAAGAGAAAAGAAAGAUACAAUCUCUUUUUUUAAAAAUCAUUUAAAUUAUUUAAAACACCUAAGCUGCAAAUUGCAACCAUUUAUUUUACAAUAGUCCCCUUAAUAUCUAGAAGAAAUCAAGAAUAUGCCACCAGCAACUUCUUUAUAUAAAGCCCAUUUUAAA